UUUCAUGUGAAUUUUCAUGUGCUUCGUUUCCUAACUACUCGUGAUGCUUGAUAUGUAAAACGAUGUGAUUAAAAUUAUCAAUUUGAAAAAAGAUCGAUUUUCUCUCGAAUGCCUCGUGAACCAAGACUUUCUCGCACCUCGAUAUAAUUUUGACGGAUCUCAGCAUAACCUUGACAUGUCCUCGUUUGACACAUGUCAAACGCGCGUCAAGUAACGUCAAGUUUUCACAGCUCCUGAAAGAUUUAGGCGAAUAAUCACGAGAUGAGGCGUAAGGCGGGUGUUGGGGCAAUACAGAAGCAAAAGUUGGAGCAGGAGAAGUAUCGGGACAAAGGCACGGAGAUCCAGGAGAACCAAUUCGAGCAAAUGACGAAGCACAUGGAGACGUUCCGCGUAAAUCUGGAGGAGUUCGCGAGCAAGCACAAGAGUGAGAUAAAGAAGAAUGCUCGCUUCCGUCGUCAGUUCACGGAAAUGUGCGCCUCGAUCGGCGUGGAUCCUCUGGCGUCUGGCAAAGGUUUCUGGUCAGUGUUGGGCAUCGGUGAUUUCUACUACGAGCUCGCCGUACAGAUCGUGGAAGUCUGCAUGGCGACCAAUUACAAGAACGGCGGCCUGAUCUCACUGGAUGAGUUGAGAACGCGCUUGAUUCAGGCCAGAGGACGUAGGAAGGAACAUCAGGAGAUCACCAACGAAGAUCUGCUGGCUGCAGCUAAGAAAUUGAGAAUAUUUGGCAACGGUUUCUCUGUAGUCCCCAUCGGAGGCGGGAAAUAUUUGGUGCAAUCAGUGCCCGGCGAGCUCAGCAUGGAUCACACAGCGGUGCUGCAUCAAGCCAGUGUGUCAGCGAAUGCAUGCGUCUCCAAGUCUGUUCUGUGCAAAGAAUUGAGAUGGGAGGAGGACAGAGCACAGAAAGCUUUGGAUCAUAUGAUGAAGGAGGGGUUAGCUUGGUUGGAUGAGCAGGGCGAGGAUGAGACACUGUAUUGGUUUCCUAGUUUAUUCACAGCUUGUAUCGUUUCCAAAGAAUAAACUCUGCAUCGCCGCCACGUCGAAUAACGAAAAUAUUUUCAAAAGAAAAUUGUUCACGUUGUUUCUUGCGAUCUUUCUCGUAAAUAAAAUCGACCAAUCUAGAAUAUUUACAGCGCCCGAGAUCCGUCGCGAUCGUUUUGUAUCUAGCAGAGGAUGUUGUCACCUGGUCUCAGGUCCUUGUACAUAACUAAAAUAACACAAAGAAGAUGUAAAUAGACACAUCGUUUCCGUAAUUGUUGUUUCAGUUUAUGGUCAGCCCUUCACGACUUAUGCUUGUUUCUAUCAAUGUCGAUUAAUUAAUUUGAGUUUAAACUCUAAUCAGACAAAGACUUAAACUUGUGUUAAACUUUGAUUGACAUAGAAACAUACAUUGAAGCGUUACGGGCAUUCUUGCAUUCAAGGAGGCCUUGAGAAAGUUUUACAAUGCAUACCUGUGAAUAGUGUCCAUUCUAUAUUGGGUAAAUUGCUGCUUGCAAGCCAGUAGCGCUUGAUGAAGCUCAGUGUUUUCUUUGCGUAAUAAACUUAUUUUACCGCGUAAUUCCUUAGAUUUUAUUUGAAAUCGUGCCGUUAAAGAUUUUGCUUCUUCUCUCCAUCUUGAAAUGGAGUCAGAUUUGUCAGAGUUAAGCUUUAUACAAUUCAAUUAUAAAUCUCAGUUCAAUAUCAGUAGUUGUCACUUGAAACUUGUAAAUAUCUCAUGUGAGAGAUACUCCAACUUUUAUUCAAAAUUAUUAUUUUUUUUACACGUCUUAUAAAUUUAUUUAUUGUGUAAUAACUAAAUGAACAAACACACACACACACACACUAUAAAAAAUCAAUGAAAAGCACACAAUGAAAAUUUCGAUAAGAUAUUAAUUUAUCAAAUAUUUUUCUUCUAGUCUUUCUUUCUGUUAAAAUAGUAAAUAUAUAUACUUCAUACUAUCUUAUAAAUAAUGAGAAGCCUGAUCGCGCCUAAUUAUGGUUUCGUUACGACCUUAAAUUUCAAGUAACAACUAUUAACACAAGUCUUGUUACUUACUUUUUGCUUAAUUUUUGAUGAAUUGUCACAUGUUGCGUCAUUUCUUUCAUUUUUUUGUCAAAAUGUUCCUGCUGCUUGCUCAGCUGUUCGGAUACUAAGGAAUGCCAAUUGUGAUCCAUAUUUUCUAAUCUGUGAGGAAUAUGCGAAUCAACUUAUUUAUUUCAUAUAAAUAUGUACAACGCUAUAUACUUAUUAAAGUAUUGAGAAUAAAAUUAUAUGUACCGUA